AUGAGCCAUGAUAUUUUUCCAAUUUUAGACCUUUCAGAGCUGGUUAUCUGUUUGCAGAGUUGUGACUUUUCCAUUGCUUCAGAAGAUCAAAUUGCAAGACCUAUAUCUGACUAUGUAAUAACACUUUACAAACAAAUUAUUGAGAAUUUUAUGGGAAUUUCAGUGGAUAGUGUUCUAAGGGGUCAAACUGACUCAACUAAUAUUAGUAGAGAUGGAGAAGGAGAGGAAAUAGAAGACGAAAAUUUUAACUACAUGUCUCAGAUCUUAAUUCUGACCAAGAUUUGCUACAAGUUCUUCCAGAACAUUGGUGUUUCUGAUUUCACAAUAAUGGACUUGAAUAAACCGGAGCAGCAACGAACGGUAAGGUUGCUUAGUGCCGUGAUAAAUUAUGCUAGAUUUAGAGAAGAAAGGAUGUUUGACUGCAAUAGAUUUAUUUCACAAAUGGAAUCUCUAUUGGGUCAGCUUCGAUCAAAGUUUGAUGAUUACAAUCUCUUAACGCAACAAACGAGAGGUUAUGAGGAAGAAAUAAAUGCAUUAGGGAUAAGUGUCAAUGAUGAUGGAACUUUGGAACUGAAUACCCUUGAAGAAAAUAACAAGAGCUUAGAAAACCAAUUGAAAAAAUUGACACAGGUUCAAGAAACACUUUCUAUAAACUACUCCUCAUACAAAAGCGAAAAGCAAAAGAUUUUGAAGGAAUUGGAGUCACUUGGAUUUGAGUUGGUGGAGCUUGACUCACAGAAAGAAAAGCUUGAAAAAUAUUCUAAGAUUAGUUUAAAUGAUUUGACAAAAAGUAUCGUAGAAUUAUCCAAAUUACUGAAGGAGAAACAAGAAUCUUUGGCUACAUUAAAACGUCGUUAUGCGAAUUUUCAAGAAUCAACUGAAACGUUUGAACGGGUAGCUAAUGAAUUGUAUGAUAUAUUAAGAAUUAUUUCAAAUGACUUACAAAGUUCCCAAAGAUCAGAAUUUACCUUACGAGAAAUGCAAAGUCAACUAAAUUCUAACAAAGAUCAAGUUGAAAAUGUUCUCCUUGCAAACGUACUUAUGAAGACCCAAGUAUUGCAACAACAGAUUCAAAUUCAGAAAGAUGAUUUGAAAGAUUUAGCUGAUACCCAUGAACAACAAUCCGUCAAAAAUAAAAAAAGAUUAGAUGAACUUCAUACUACGUACGCAGAAGAGGUAAGGCCGAAAAUUGAUGAAACUGAAACUCACAUUCAAAACGACUUAAUUGAAGGAGAGAUAAAAGCUCUUGAGGACGAUAUUCGUACUACUCAGUUACGUUUUGAAGAAGAGUCUGACACUAUCGAAUUAGAAUAUUCAUUAUUAGUGGGUCAUAUCAACAAAUAUAUGAUGAUGAUGCUAGAAAAGAUGAAAUGA